AUGGCCAGCCUGAGGCCCAGCCGACCCACCUGCAUCAGGGCAGCGUUCAGCACAGCUGGCUUCCAGAGGUGGCAGAGACACGUGCGCCACCGCCUUCAGGUCAACCCUAGAAGGAACCUCAUGGACUUUGCUGAAGGCAUCUGGAGAGAGUUUUUAGAUCCCUAUGACGGUGACUCAGAAGAUACUCCAGGUCAUUCCAACUACUGCAGCUACCGCCAGCGUGCCUACCGCCUCCUAGGUGACAGGAACCGCAACGCACCUCCCUAUACACUGAGGUUCAAGAUUGCUGAGGAGGCCAGUGUAGAAGACUCGCCCCCACCAAAGGCUCCAGAUCUCGCCGGGAAAGCUGGCUGGGCCCCCAUAGCCUUGGAAGCCAACGAUGUUGACAUGCAGCCCGAAGGAGAACUAAAGGCACUCGGCCCCCAGGAGGUCACUGGGUGGCCUGCCAGGCUGUCCCCAUCACCAGAGGACUGCAGGGCAAGGACUGCCAGCCCUCUCGUUCCUGCGGAGACCCCAGAGACAGGCAGACACCUGCUGGGCAGAGCCAGAGCCACACGGCUGCCACCCAGACUUGGGACCGAGAGAGACAAGGCACCCAGGCUGUCGCUUUCCAAGAGGAAGCUGGAGCUUUUACUUGCAGAGCCUGAGAGAAUUAAGAGAAAGAAGAAGUACGUGGCCAGCCCAGGGCCCGGGCCAGCUCCAGGGUAG